GGCUCGCUGGCCGCCGCUGCUCUCAUUGUUCGGAGAGGGACAAAACCACGCUGGGAGCAUGUGGAUCCCUACAGAGCACGAGAAAUACGGCGUGGUGAUAGCCAGUUUUCGAGGAACAGUCCCACAUGGCUUAUCAUUGGAGAUUGGAGACACAGUUCAAAUACUAGAAAAAUGUGAUGGCUGGUACAGAGGAUUUGCCUUAAAAAACCCAAAUAUCAAGGGUAUAUUUCCAUCCAACUAUAUCCACUUGAAAAAUGCAUGUGUUAAGAACAAAGGGCAGUUUGAAAUGGUUAUUCCAACAGAAGACUCCGUUAUCACAGAGAUGACAUCAACUUUAAGAGACUGGGGGACCAUGUGGAAACAACUUUAUGUGAGAAAUGAAGGGGAUCUUUUUCAUCGACUAUGGCACAUAAUGAAUGAAAUCCUGGACCUGAGAAGGCAGGUGCUUGUUGGCCAUCUCACCCAUGACCGGAUGAAGGAUGUAAAACGGCAUAUCACUGCUCGCCUGGAUUGGGGCAAUGAGCAAUUGGGGCUAGACUUGGUUCCAAGAAAAGAAUAUGCUAUGGUGGAUCCUGACGAGAUCAGUAUUACAGAACUCUAUAGGCUGAUGGAGCAUCGUCAUCGAAAGAAAGACACUCCUAUCCCAGCAAGCAGCCACCAUCUUUUUGUGCAGAUGAAGAGUCUGAUGUGCUCCAAUCUGGGAGAGGAACUGGAAGUCAUCUUCUCACUGUUUGAUAGUAAAGAGAAUCGACCAAUCAGCGAGAGGUUUUUUUUAAGACUGAAUAGGAAUGGUUUGCCAAAAUGUCCAGAGAAGCCAGAAAGACAUUGUUCUCUCUUUGUGGACUUGAGUAGCAGUGAACUCAGGAAGGACAUCUACAUCACUGUGCACAUUAUCCGCAUAGGCCGAAUGGGAGCUGGAGAAAAGAAAAAUGCUUGCAACGUACAGUACCGACGGCCCUUUGGCUGUGCAGUCCUCAGCAUUGCAGAUCUACUGGCAGGAGACUCAAAGGAUGACCUUAUCUUAAAAGUAUACAUGUGCAACACCGAGAGUGAUUGGUAUCAGAUCCAUGAAAACAUCAUCAAAAAGCUCAAUGUUCGUUACAACUUGACAGGUUCCAAUGCUGGUCUGGCAGUUUCUCUUCAACUGUUUCAUGGAGACAUUGAACAAAUUAGGAGAGAUUACACAUCCAUGUUUACUCAUGGGGUAUCAAUAACAAGGAAGCUGGGUUUUUCCAAUAUUAUCAUGCCUGGCGAAAUGAGGAAUGAUUUAUACAUCACUAUAGAAAGAGGAGAAUUUGAAAAAGGAGGAAAAAGUGUGGCCAGAAACGUGGAAGUGAUGAUGCACAUUGUGGACAGUGGUGGCCAAGUUUUAAAGGAUUUUAUCUCCUUUGGCUCUGGAGAGCCGCCAGCUAGCAAGUUCCAUUCCUUUGUGCUUUAUCACAACAACAGUCCCAGAUGGGCUGAGCUGCUGAAACUUCCUAUUCCUGUGGAUAAAUUCAGGGGAGCACACAUCCGCUUUGAAUUUCGGCAUUGUUCUACAAAAGAAAAGGGUGAGAAGAAGUUGUUUGGCUUUUCUUUCGUGCCCCUGAUGCAGGAAAAUGGGAGGACAUUGCCAGAUGGCACUCAUGAACUCAUUGUGCACAAGUGUGAAGAAAACACAAACCUUCAGGAUUCUAGUCGCUACCUCAAACUCCCCUUUUCAAAGGGAAUUCUCCUAGGGAAUAACCACCAAGCAAUAAAAACCACUAAAGAGUCUUUCUGGAUUACGUCUUUUCUCUGCUCCACUAAACUCACGCAAAAUGGGGAUAUGCUUGAUCUUCUUAAGUGGAGAGCCCACCCGGACAAAAUAGCAGGCUGCCUCACAAAACUAAAAGAAAUCGAUGGUUCAGAAAUAGUAAAGUUUCUUCAGGACACACUGGAUACUUUAUUUGGCAUUUUAGAUGAAAAUUCCCAAAAAUAUGGGUCAAAAGUAUUUGAUUCUUUGGUUCACAUAAUAAAUUUGCUGCAGGACAGCAAGUUUCAUCAUUUUAAGCCAGUAAUGGACACUUACAUUGAAAGUCAUUUUGCAGGUGCACUUGCAUACAGAGAUCUUAUAAAAGUACUUAAGUGGCAUGUUGAUCGAGUAACAGACAUGGAGAUACAAGAGCAUAUCCAUGAAGUGUUAAAGGCACAAGAAUAUAUCUUUAAAUAUAUAGUUCAGUCUCGGAGGCUGUUCUCGCUUGCCACUGGUGGACAAAAUGAGGAGGAAUUCCGCUGCUGUAUUCAAGAGUUGCUUAUGUCAAUACGAUUUUUCCUUUCCCAAGAGAGCAAAGGGGCUAGCGCUUUAUCUCAAUCACAAGCUGUGUUUCUCUGCUCCUUCCCGGCUGUAUACUCUGAGCUGCUGAAGCUCUUCGAUGUGCGAGAGGUGGCAAACUUGGUGCAUGAUACUCUAGGCAGCUUGCCAACCAUCAUGCAUGUGGAUGAAUCCCUUCAAGCUGUUAAACUGCAGUGCAUUGGUAAAACAGUGGAAAGUCAACUAUACACUAAUCCAGAUUCCAGAUAUAUUCUUCUUCCAGUAGUUUUACAUCACCUCCACAUGCAUUUACAAGAGCAGAAGGAUCUUACAAUGUGUGCACGUAUCCUUAGCAACAUAUUUUGUUUCAUAAAGAAAAAUAGCUCAGAAAAAUCCGUCUUGGAAGAAAUAGAUGUGAUUGUGAACAGCCUGCUAGAUAUACUGUUGAGAACCAUAUUAGAGAUCACAAGCAGACCUCAGCCAUCAGGGUCUGCGAUGCGCCUGCAGUUUCAAGACGUGACUGGGGAAUUUGUUUCCUGUCUCUUGUCACUAUUACGACAAAUGACAGACCGACAUUACCAGCAACUUCUUGAUAGAUUCAACACAAAGGAUGAGCUGAGAGAUUUCCUGCUGCAAAUUUUUACUGUGUUUCGAAUACUCAUACGACCUGAGAUGUUUCCAAAAGACUGGACUGUGAUGCGUUUAGUUGCUAACAAUGUUAUUAUUACAACAGUCCUGUAUCUUUCGGAUGCCCUUCGUAAGAACUUCCUAAAUGAAAACUUUGAUUAUAAGAUCUGGGAUUCCUACUUUUACCUUGCUGUCAUUUUUAUAAACCAAUUGUGUCUGCAACUGGAGAUGUUCACACCUUCCAAGAAGAAAAAGGUGUUGGAAAAAUAUGGUGACAUGCGGGUAACGAUGGGAUGUGAAAUCUUCAGCAUGUGGCAAAAUUUAGGGGAACAUAAACUUCACUUCAUCCCAGCUCUCAUUGGCCCCUUCUUAGAAGUGACACUGAUACCUCAGCCUGACCUGCGGAAUGUAAUGAUUCCCAUUUUCCAUGACAUGAUGGAUUGGGAACAAAGGCGCAGUGGCAACUUCAAACAGGUGGAGGCAAAACUGAUUGACAAAUUGGAUAGCUUGAUGUCCGAAGGCAAAGGUGACGAAACGUACCGAGAGCUCUUCAACAGCAUCCUCCUGAAGAAAAUUGAGCGGGAAACGUGGAGAGAAAGUGGUGUUUCAUUAAUCGCCACUGUAACUCGACUAAUGGAAAGGUUACUGGACUACAGGGACUGCAUGAAAAUAGGAGAAGUGGAUGGUAAAAAGAUUGGCUGCACCGUUAGCCUGUUGAACUUUUAUAAGACCGAACUGAAUAAGGAGGAGAUGUAUAUUCGCUAUAUCCAUAAGCUAUACGACCUGCAUCUGAAGGCACAAAACUUUACAGAGGCUGCCUACACACUAUUGCUGUACGAUGAGCUAUUAGAAUGGUCUGACCGGCCAUUGAGAGAAUUUCUAAACUAUCCCAUGCAAACAGAGUGGCAGCGCAAAGAGUAUCUUCACCUUACAAUCAUCCAGAACUUUGACCGGGGAAAGUGUUGGGAGAAUGGCAUCAUCUUAUGCAGGAAGAUUGCAGAGCAGUACGAGAGCUAUUAUGACUACAGAAAUCUCAGCAAGUUGAGGAUGAUGGAAGCUUCUUUGUAUGAUAAAAUCAUGGAUCAACAACGUUUGGAGCCAGAGUUUUUCAGAGUUGGAUUUUAUGGGAAAAAGUUUCCAUUUUUCUUGAGAAAUAAGGAGUUUGUUUGCCGAGGACAUGACUAUGAGAGAUUGGAGGCUUUCCAGCAGCGAAUGUUGAAUGAGUUCCCACAUGCCAUUGCUAUGCAACAUGCCAAUCAGCCAGAUGAGACGAUCUUUCAGGCAGAAGCACAGUAUCUGCAGAUCUAUGCAGUGACACCAAUUCCUGAAAGCCAGGAGGUCCUGCAGAGAGAGGGCAUCCCAGAUAACAUCAAGAGUUUUUAUAAAGUGAAUCACAUCUGGAGAUUCCGAUAUGACAGGCCAUUCCACAAAGGGACCAAAGACAAGGAGAAUGAAUUCAAGAGUCUGUGGGUGGAAAGAACAACAUUGAUCUUAGUGCAGAGUUUGCCUGGGAUAUCCCGCUGGUUCGAAGUGGAAAAACGUGAAGUAGUGGAAAUGAGUCCCCUCGAGAAUGCUAUUGAAGUGCUGGAAAAUAAGAACCAGCAGCUGAGAACUCUGAUUAGUCAGUGUCAGACCCGACAGAUGCAGAAUAUAAACCCACUCACAAUGUGUCUGAAUGGGGUCAUAGAUGCAGCAGUUAAUGGUGGAGUUGCUCGGUACCAAGAGGCAUUCUUUGUGAAGGAAUAUAUCUUGAACCACCCAGAGGAUGGGGAGAAGAUCACACGCUUGAGAGAGCUGAUGCUUGAGCAGGCCCAGAUUCUAGAAUUCGGAUUAGCUGUACAUGAGAAGUUUGUGCCUCAGGAUAUGAGACCUUUACACAAAAAGCUAGUAGAUCAGUUCUUUGUGAUGAAGUCAAGUUUGGGAAUACAGGAAUUCUCUGCAUGUGUGCAAGCUAGUCCUGUUCACUUCCCUAAUGGAAGCCCUCGUGUAUGUAGAAAUUCAGCGCCUGCUUCUAUGAGCCCAGAUGGUGCCAGGGUAAUUCCUAGACGCAGUCCAUUAAGUUACCCAGCUGUAAACAGAUAUUCAUCCUCGUCAUUGUCAUCACAAGCCUCUGCUGAAGUCAGCAAUAUCACUGGGCAAUCAGAAAGCUCCGACGAAGUUUUCAACAUGCAGCCAAGUCCAUCUACCUCAAGCUUGAGUUCUACUCAUUCCGCUUCACCUAAUGUGACCAGCUCUGCUCCAUCCAGUGCCAGAGCUUCUCCUUUGUUGUCUGACAAACAUAAGCAUUCCAGAGAAAAUUCUUGCCUGUCCCCAAGAGAAAGGCCAUGCAGUGCCAUUUACCCGAUUCCUGCAGAACCUUCGCAGAGAAUGCUGUUUAAUCAUAUCGGAGAUGGUGCUUUGCCCCGAAGUGAUCCUAACCUGUCUGGCCCUGAGAAAGCUGUAAACACCACCCCCAGCAGUUGGAGUCUGGACAGUGGAAAAGAAGCCAGGAACAUGUCAGAAAGUGGAAAGCUUAUGUCUCCCCCUGUGCCACCAAGACCCACACAAACUGCUUCACCGGCAAGGCAUGUAGCUUCAGUUUCCCCUUCUCCUGCUGGCAGAUCUCCAAUGAAGGGAUCCAUGCAAUCAUUUACCCCAUCUCCAGUGGAAUGUCAUUCCUCGGGGCUCAUAUCCAACUCUCCAGUCUUGUCAGGAAGUUACAGCAGUGGAAUCUCUUCACUUAGCCGAUGUAGCACAUCAGAAACUUCUGGCUUUGAAAGUCAAGGGAGUGAACAAACUAUUCCAAACUACAGUGUUUCUGAGGAGCCGAUGAGAAAAGAAAGUAAAACUCCGCCACCUUACAGCGUUUAUGAACGAACUUUGAGACGGCCUGUUCCGCUACCUCACAGCCUCUCCAUCCCUGUCACUUCAGAUCCACCAGCACUGCCACCCAAACCCCUGCUGGCGCGGCCAAACAAUCUGGAAAACAGUAGCCGGAGGACUGAACAGGUUCCUCGGCCCAGGCCUCUUCCUCGGAAAGUGUCUCAGUUAUAAGAAGUCACUUUUAUAUUUACUUGCAAUGAAUUCUUUACCGUUUACGAAAUAAUAUUUAAAAAAAAGUAAAAUACAUUUAGUGUAGGCACUUUAAUAUUUUACCCAAUUUUUCUUUUACAUUAUUUUUAAAAUGCUUAUUAAUAUUAUGUUGCACAUUAUUAAAUGAAAUUAAUAAUUUUGAUUGCCAGAUAUUACAGGAAGCAUGAAUGAGAGAAUUUUGUUAAUUUCAAGGUGGUAAAUAUGGAUGCAUAGCUUUUUGGUAUGUUAUGUUCAUUUUUAAAAAAUAAUUUAAUUAAAUCUAAAACCCCACAAGCUCUCAUUUGCAUUAGUUGUAUGCUUCUUACAAAAUGUAGGCUAUGCUAACUGAGCUAAUUACUAGAAAUAAAUGCACGCUUCCUAACCACAUUGUUUGUAGGCUAGGACAUUUCUGCAAGUAGGCUGAAGGUUGUUCCCAUUUCCCCAUGAGCAGGUUGGUCAAUUCAAAUAUCUGUGCAUGUGGGGUUAGGGGUGGUGCGGGGGAGGGGGUUGUUAAUGCAAGUUACCCCGCAGUAAAAAGUUCUAAAGACAAAAGUUGUAAGUUCUUGAAACAAAAUACUACUUUUGUGUUGCUUUCUAAGAGUAACAAAUAUUCACAUUUCAUUCAGUGUAGAACACCUUUCUGGAAAUUAAUUUAAUUGUUGAGAAACUCUUUAGUCCUAUAACAGUAGCUUAUCUCCUGUAUCUGGUGCACUUCUUUCUUUUUAAGGUGCGAUUUACCUUUACUCUUUCAGUUAGCCCAUUCAAAAAAAAAAUCCCAUUAAUAGUUAGUUGGAGGUUUUCUCCUGUCUUUGAAAGUUAACUUCAAAAAAAAACUCUGUACCAGAAGAACAAAUGUCCAGAUAUAAUAGAGGCAUAAAUGAAUGUGUCCUGUUAAUAAGGAUACACAAGAAUCAAUACUGGUUAGUAUCAAAUCAAUGCAGUAAGUGAACAAAUUUAAAGAAUAUAAAUCACUGGCUAUGUAUCAGUAAAUUUUUAAAAGAUAAAGGGCAUUAAUUCACAAUUCUGCACAAAUUAGCAAAAUUCCUAACAGCUCUUCAUGUAUAUUCUUACUAGUGCAGGUUUUUGUUGUUGUAUGUUAUUGGUUUUUAUUUUUGAUUGGUUGUUUUAACUUAGUUGAUCAUUGUCAUCUUUACUGAAGGAAGAUGAUGGUAGACCGUUCUAGGUUGAAUUUCACUAGAUAGUGUCUGUAAAGCAAUGGAAAGCUAAUGCCCAGAUGUAGGAGUGUGGAAAAAGCACCUUGUGUAUGUAUUUUUUGUAGCUCUCUUUCUUUUACUUACUGUUUUUAACACUUGGUUGACAACAGAUUUAUGAACUGUAUUUUAAAUCAUGUUGUUAAAAAUAUUCUCCUUCUUUUUUGGGGAAGCUCAUGUUGAUUUUAAUUGUUUGCUUUGUUGAUAGCUUAACUGGAAGAAAGUGACCACUUUUUAUAUUCUCUCAGUGAAACCUUCAGCAGGUAUGUGCUGUUGAUGGUAGCUAUAGAGGUUUUCUAUAAUAAAUGUUCAAGUAUUUUUGUACAUAACUGGUUAAUUUUAAUAAGGAGUGUACCAUUAUGUGAAAAAAGAAGCAAACAGUUGUGUAUGCAGUAAGAUUGUUAUAAUUAUGCCAAAUACUUUAUGUAUGGAAAAAAGAAUAUUUGUACAUAUGUGCUUUUAACAAUAAUUCUGCCAUAUUGACUUUACAAUUUUGAAUGUCAGAAAAAAUUAAUAUAUGUUAAAAUAUUUAUGUUUUAGUGAAAGUAUUCAUAACUGAAAAAGGAACAUAUGAAUUUUAGCUUUGUAUCUUGCCUAUUUUGAAGUCUGAAAUUCCUUGAACUAGCUCUUGCUUUUGACUAUAACAUUUUUGUGUCUGUAACCACAUUAUAAAAGAUGUAGAAGGCUACAUAUUUAUGCUGGUAUGAAGAGGUAAUGCCUGAGAUUUAACUAAGGUGUUCACAAGUAAGAUAACAAAGCUGCUUUGAUUUUUCCCCCCCCUGUGUAGUUUAAUAGAUUGGUUGACUAGUGCUUGAGCACAGUAUGAAUCAGUGUUAUUUGCUCCUGAAGCCAUUUAUUUUAUUUCUGGCAGGGAGCAGAAUUGUUGAAUUUAUCAUUUGCAUAUAUUAUUGAAGUCAGCUUUGCAGCAAAACAUUUCAUGAGGUUUCUGUUUACCCAGAUGCUCAUAUAGGUUGCUGCAGAAUAAAGUUACUUGAUUAAUCUUUAUAGUAUAAUUUGUUUUCCACGUAGUAGUAGAUUAUAAAUCAGUUUGUCAUAAAAUUAAACUUUCUGCCUCCUUUGCUUCAAAGAUCCAGCUUUCUUUCUGAUAAAAAUCUCCUGGAUUGAGUUAGUCCUUUCCCUGCUCGGUUCUGUAAUGGCUUUGUGAGACAAUUGCCAAGACAAUAAAGAUUUGGAGGGCAUUCACCUGCACUUCUGAUCAAUGGAGGACUGUAACAUUUACUAUAAGAGUUAGGUUAAUUUAUGGCAAUUUGAACUCCCUGUUUUUAUAACCAAGACAUCAGGAACACUCUGAACAAUAGGAGACCAUAAAAAAAUGACAGUGAAGUGCUGUAAAAAGGAGCUGACACAUUUUCUGCUUUGCCAGUUUUGACAACUUGUUUCUGUAGAUCAGCUUUUCUUCCUGGCUUCUACAAAAAUGUAGUCUGAAAUUUGUUAUGUAUGCUACAGCACCCAGAGCUUGAAAGGCUACUGUAA